GCCGAAGGCGGGGACGAAGAGCAGGAGAAAAACAAAGAUGGCGGAGUGAAGCUGAGGCGGCGCCGGUCGGCUGCUCGGUGGUGGUGUGGAGGAGCGUGGCGCGGCGCGUUUACCAGGGAAAACACCCCGUGAAUCCCGGCGGAGCGGCUUCCAUUUAGGGCGGAGAGUUCGAACUGAGGAUGUCGGCGGUGGAGGAGAGGGAACCGGCGCCCGCGGCUUCCUCGGCUGGAGGCGGCGGGGCGGCGGCGGCCUCGGUCCCCCCGGACUCCCUCCACCACGGCCCUCCCUCUAACCCGUCGCAGGAAACCAACCGGCCCGAGCUGGAGGAAGGGCCGAGCUCGAAGAAGCGGCCGCGGCUGGAGGCCGACUCGGCCUCGGGCUCGAGUUCGGCGGGGGCGGCGGCGGGCGGUGCCAAGGCGGCCAGCGAGAACAAGCUGGAGGAGAGGCUGUACUCGGUGCUGUGCUGCACCGUGUGCCUGGACCUGCCCAAGGCCUCCGUCUACCAGUGCACGAAUGGUCACUUGAUGUGUGCAGGCUGCUUCAUUCACCUGCUGGCUGAUGCCAGGCUGAAGGAGGAGCAGGCUACCUGCCCGAACUGCCGCUGCGAGAUCAGCAAGAGCCUGUGCUGCAGGAACCUGGCCGUGGAAAAGGCGGUGAGCGAGCUCCCCAGUGACUGCGGCUUCUGCCUCAAACAGUUCCCACGCUCCAUUCUCGAGAGGCACCAGAAGGAGGACUGCCAGGACAGGGUGAUGCAGUGCAAGUAUAAACGGAUUGGGUGCCCGUGGCAGGGACCCUACCACGAGCUGACGGCUCAUGAAGGCGAAUGUGGCCACCCCACCAAGACCGGCAACGAGUUGAUGGAAAUCCUGGAUGAGAUGGACCAAAACCACAAGAAGGAGAUGCAGCUUUACAACAGCAUCUUCAACCUGCUGAGUUUUGAGAAGAUAGGAUACACAGAAGUCCAGUUCCGGCCUUACCGAACAGACGACUUCAUCACGCGGCUGUACUACGAGACGCCCCGCUUCACCGUACUCAACCAGACGUGGGUGCUGAAGGCGCGUGUCAACGACUCGGAACGCAACCCCAACCUGUCCUGCAAGCGCACCCUCUCGUUUCAGCUGAUCCUCAAGAGCAAGGUCAACUCCCCGAUGGAAUGUUCCUUCCUGCUGCUCAAAGGUCCCUACGACGAUGUCAAAAUCAACCCCGUCAUCUACCACUUCGCCUUCACCAACGAGAUGAAUGAAACAGACUAUUUACCAUUGCCCAUCAUAGACUCGGUCGAGUGCAACAAACUGCUGGCGGCCAAAAACAUUAACCUGAGGCUCUUUAUAUUUCAGAUUCAGAAGUAGGAGCAGUGGGCGGGUUGUGGGGGGGUGGGGAAAAGGGAGGCAACUGAACGGAUUGGCAUCAUUGAACCAUAUACCUCGAGAACGCCGGUCAACACCAGUCUGAUGUUCAAAACACAAGGAGAAUCCUUGAAAAGGGACAAAAAAUAACAAAUGUCUGCUCACUGCAUGUGGUCAUAACUACCCAAGACUUGAAACAGUUCCUGGAUUUGUUCAGUAGCCUCUUGUACAGACGGUUGUAGUGGGAGUGGGAGGGGCAGUGUCGGAAUCGAGAAUCACUAAUGUGGUGAAGAGCGGUCAGAAUCUGUCUUCAGCAGCCCUCCCUCCUUCCUUUCACUGUCCUGUAUGUCCUGGCUAGACGUUCUCUGAAAUGACCAACCACAGAUGGAUGUCGUUUCCCCUUCCAACACUCCUGUCCUCUUUCCUGUCCCCCUUCUCCUCUGCUUCCUGCCCACAGGAGAGUCUCCUCGGAUGAAAAAACAUUCCGCUCACCGACUCCUGACAAAGAACCUCCCACUCACCAAUCCCACUUGUCUGAGAGGGGCUGAGCGAGACUGACGUGUGCUGGGUGGGUAAGAACAACAGUACAUAAACCCCAAGGAUGUAAACUCAGGAGAGAAUCACCUAGCUAACCUGAGAAAUGUACAACACAGUAAAAGGCUGUUCGGCCCCUCGUGAUCAUGCUGGCAGAGGAAUCCCACUUCCAGCACUCAUCAUAGAUGAAAGUUUAGUAUGUCCCAGCUACUGUUUAAAUGUGAUGAGGCUUUGUGCCAUCUCCGUCCUUUUGGCCAGCAUUUUCCAGACCUCCACACCCACUGGGUGAACAAAUCUGUAGCUUAUCGUCUAUUGAAUCCUUUUGUGUAUCAUCUUGAAUCUCAACUCGUGGAUUUCUCCUUUCUGGGUCACUCAGAUCUGACCAUAAUAGCAGUGGGCAUCCCAGGCUAUUCUGGUGAUCAUCUAGACCAAUAAACACCCCUGAUGACUAACAGGGACCCCCCCCCCUCCCCGGUCACACUGCUGCAGUGUGGCAACCACAGGUCAAAUGUGCAGCAGCCGGUCUCAUUGAGAUCACACAGUGCCCAGCACACGAGGGCUGCGACCAUGCCUAGUCUCCAGUCUGUGAAUGAGCAUCUGUUCCAGGCUUAAUGUGAAAAAGCAGGUUACACAGCAAGUGACCUUCACCGUUGGGUGUUCAGAACAAUUUACAUCCAAUACCUGUUACGCCGAUCUCCGGCACACAACAAGCCAUCUGUCCCACCGAGGCUGUGUCAUCGUUUCUGCUUCCCCUCCACCGGCCUCUGGCCACCUCCCUUCAUCUGAUAGAUCCUUCCACUCCCAGCCUCCCCAUAAGCCCACGUGCCCCAUUCUCUUCCUUGCCCAGGAGGUGCGCACUCUCACCGCUCUCCAAGGGUAGGGGUUACUCUCAAUUCCCACCUCAGUUUAUAGUCUGUCAUCUUAUAUUUAUGUUUCAUCGUAUUGGCCUCCCCACCGGUGGAAGCAGUUUUCCUGCAUAUGCCUUGUGAAACACCCUUCCCUCACCUCGAUGGCCGUGACCAGGUCACCUUUUAACGCCCUUCCAGAGGAAAGAGCACUAAACGUUUCAGCAUUUUUCUCAAUAGUUAAAAUGUUUUUAACACCCCGCCCCACCCAUUCCGUGCUGUUAACCUGAAUACGUAACGAUUUACCACUGUCACUACGUGGCCAUUCUGGGCAGUUACGCAGGAAGGUGCCCUUACCCUGGUUAGCCCAGUGACUCCGUAAUUACACAGUGUCCUCGGCAUGGGCUGGAUGGGUUGAAGGGCCAAUGGUUACACAGGGAUUGACUGUACAGUUACAGAGGGUAGGCAUCCUGGACAGUACGAUUUGUCACCCUGCUCAUUGGAUUGUAUCACCACAACUGCUGUUGUGACCAGCACUUCAACCCUCCCACGCCCUGCUGACCAGAACUGUGUCCAGUUGCACAACCAAUGGUUUUAACCAGCCCCUUUUAACCUUUGUCCCACUGAACUGGAACUCUGAAUGGUUAAAGAAGCAAUUGGUACGGAGGCUCUGGGGUCUUGUCUGGUACCAAAACGAUAGUGUUGGUUCUUACCAUUUAUUUUCUGUACCCACUUGUAUUGUAUAGUUCAAAUACCAUAAAAUCUAGAUUAUAAUUCGCACUGGUGUACAAGUCACUCAGCCUACAUUGGGUCACCACGGAAAGUGUGCAAGAAUCCCGGAUAUUCAGUCUGUCAGCCUCAUAUCUUAUUUUUAUUACUGAAUGUCUGUUUCUUUCUAAUCCUCACUGACCACAAACAUUUACAGAAAGGGCAGGUCACGGCGCGGGGACAUUUCACAGUGGAAGGUCAAGUUCAGGUGGACCUUGCCAAUCUAUUAUGCAGGAGGACACAGGCAAACUUGGGUUCUUUUCUCUGGAGUGGCGGAGGCUGAGGGAAGAUCUACAAGAUUAUGAGAGGCAUGGAUAGAGUAGACAGACAAUGUCUCAUACCAAAGGGCAUGCAUUUAAGGUGUGAGGGGGUAAUUUCAAAGGAGAUGGGAGGGGCAAGUUUUUACACAGGGUAGUGGGUGCCUGGAGUGCAAUGCCUGGGGUGGUGGUAGAGGCAGAGACAUCAGGGACUUUAAAGAAAUGUUUAGAUGGGCACAUGAAUGUGAGGGAAAUGGAGCGAUUGGGACCUUGUGUAGGCAGAAGAGAUGUAGGUGAGGGAAAUGGAGGGAUUGGGACAUUAGAAACAGAAAGCCUACAGCACAAUUCGACCCUCAUGUCCCUACCUUAGAAAUUACUGGGGUUACCCAUAGCCCUGUAUUUUUCUGAGCUCCAUGUACCUAUCCAAAAGUCUCUUAAAAGACCCUAUCGUAUUCGCCUCCACCACCGUUGCCGGCAGCCCAUUCCACGCAGUCACCACUCUCUGAGUAAAAGAAACUUACCCCUGACAUCUCCUCUGUACCUACUCCCCAGCACCUUAAACCUGUGUCCUCCUGUGGCAACCAUUUCAGCUCUGGAAAAAAGCCUCUGACUAUCCACACGAUCAAUGCCUAUCAUUUUUUAAAUCUUUUUAUUGAUAUAUAAUCUCCUACAGCAAUAAAAUACAAAAGUUCAACAAAUUAGUAUAUAUAUAAUUAAUAAAGCUGAAGAAGAAAAAAAAACUUGUAUAUGCUAAUGAAAAAGAAAUUAUAUAAGAAAAAGAAGGAAAAAAGAGAACCCCAACUAACUAAAAAAAACCACUACAAAAAAAACCCCAUUAGGAACCAACUCCUGGAGCAAUGCGUUUUACAAUCAUCUAUAUAUAUAUGAAAGAGAAAAAAAACAACUGCCAAAUCACGUUCAUAUAACAUAAAAUUGGAAGGAAACCAUAUAAAUUAAUUCAAAUUAAUGAUAAUAUUUGGCGAAAGAGCCCCACCUUCUCUCAAAAUUGAAUUGGGGUUCAAAAGUCCUACUUCUAAUUUUUUCCAAACUAAGACAUAACAUUACUUGGGAAAACCAUUGAGUUAGUGUAGGAGCAGAGGUAUCUUUCCACUUCAAUAAAAUAGCUCUUCUUGCCAACUAUGUAACGAAUACAAUUACAUGUUGGUUUGAAAAUGAAAUACCCUGAAUAUGAUGCGGAACUAUUCCAAAUAGAACAGUCAAUGUAUUAGGUUGUAAAUUAAUUUUCAAAGCUUUAGAAAUUGUAGAAAAUAAAGAUCUCCAAAAAGAUUUCAACGAGGGACAUGACCAGAACAUAUGUGACAAAGUAGCUACUUCAUUUUUACACCUAUCACAAUAAUUGUUUAUAUUAGGAAAUAUUUUGGAUAGCCUCUCAUUUGUUAAAUAAUAACGGUGAACAAUUUUAAAUUGAAUUAAACAAUGAUUGGCACAUAUCGAAGAAGAAUUAACCAUUUUCAGAACUCGCAACCAGUCUUCGUUAACAGAAGUCAUAUUAAGUUCUCUCUCCCAAUCUUGUUUAAUCUUUAGUGAGAGGUUAUCUUUUUGUAGUAAAAAUAAAUUAUAAAUUCUACCAAUGGAACCUCUCACUAAAGGAUUCAUAUUCAAAAUAGUAUCCAACAAAUCAGAUUCUUGCAUAUAUGGAAACGUAGAAACAUAUUUUUCUAAGAAAUGUCUAACCUGAAAAUAUUGCAAGAGAUCUGUAUGAGAGAAUAUUUGCUAAUUAGCUAUUCAAAAGUCAUCAAUCGACCAUCACUAAAUAAAUCUGCAAAAUAACAGAUCCCCUUCUUUCUCCAUAAAAGAAAAAUGGGAUCAGUAAUUGAAGGUUUAAAUAGAAAAUUUCAAAAUACAGGGCUAAACAAUUUAAAUUGUUUAAAAUUAAAAGAGUUGCGAAACUGAAACCAAAUCAGUAAGGACUGUUUAAUAACAGGGUAGAGAUUUAAAUUGGGAAUUUUAACAAGUUGUAAAGGUAAUGGAACUCCUAAUAAUGAAGUUAAAUGAAAUUGUUUAAUAGCUUUUAAUUCCAAAUCAAUCCAAGCUGGUUUUUGGCUCUUAUCGAGCCAAUAUACCCAAAAACAUAGUUGUUGAAUAUUAACAGCCCAAUAAUACAAGCUUAAAUUAGGUAGCGCAAGUCCACCAUUUUUUUUUGGAGUUUUGAAAAUGAAACAUUAACUCUUGGUUUUUAUUAUUCCAAAUAAAGUACGAAAUAGUAGAAUCAAUUUGAUCAAAAAAAUUUUUAGCUAGAAAAAUAGGUAUAUUUUAAAAAAUAUAUAAAAAUCUAGGUAAAAUCAUCAUUUUCACGGCAUGAAUAUGACCUAUUAAAGAAAGUUUAAGAGGAUUCCAUCUAGAAAGUAAUUGUUUCAUAGAGUCCAAUAAAGGAACUACGUUAGCUUUAUAAAGAUCUUCAUUUUUUUUUGUAAUGGUAAUACCCAAAUAUUUAAAAGAAUUCACAAUUCUAAAUGGAAUAUCAUUAUAUAUAAAAACAGGAACAUUUAAAGGGAACAAUUGGCUUUUG